GGGGCGGGGCCGCCAUCUACAUCUCAAUCCGUGCAGAGUGUUGAGCGGAGAUUAGGGGCGGAGAUUCUCCGGUUGUCUUGGUAACAGUGCAGCCCACCCAUGUCUCCCCCCAGCCUGAUGCCUAGCGAUGUGCGAGUCCCCGGAUGAAGAAUUGGAGGAGGGGACAUGCCUUUUCAUGACAAUGUUUACUACCCAUUUGGGAAGGAUGUGGCUCAAGUCCCUACUAUGUUAAAUGCACCUUGGAUGCCCAAUCCUUUCCUUUCUUCUGGCAGGAUGCCUUCCUCUACUCACGGUACACUUUUUAAGUUUCGGUCACGCCAUGAAAGUCUGGACUGGAGAAGAAUUGGAAGUAUUGAUGUGGACAAAGUAGCAAAUGAGUUGGAUUUUCGAACCCUUCAAGAUAAUAUUAUGGGCGUUACUUUUUGCAAUGUAGAAAAUGAGAAGUGUCCGCACUGUCACAGCAGUCUGGAUCCUGUAUUGAUCAAACUGAUUAGACUUGCUCAGUACACCGUUGAAUAUUUGCUGCAUUCCCAGGAGUACCUAACUUCUAACCUACAGACAUUGGAGGAAAAGGCUCGUGCAGGCAUUAAUGAGUCUGAACAGCUACAGGUAAAGAUAACCAAGCAGACUGCAGAAAUAAAGUCACUCAAAGAUGAGUGCAAAUUGAGGAGGAAGAUGAUUGCUGCACAGCAAAUGAUGAUCAAUGCUGCCACAGGACCUUGCCACAAGUGCCAACAUUGUGAGAAGUCUUUUGUAAACACUUCGUAUUUAGAAAGUCACCUAAAGAGGAGGCAUGCUGAAGACCCUUCUUUUGGUGGAAAACAAAGGCAGAGUCCACAGCAAUUUGAUAACUUGUACUAUGAAAUAAAAUGUCUUAAAGAAGAACUUCAUUCUACCAAAAAGCAGUUAGAGACUGAAAAAGAAACUCAUCUGGAGAAACUCUCUCAGGUACAGGAAAGUGAACAAAAGAAAACAAUGGAGCUGGAAGUUUUGAAAAAGUUUGACAAGUGGAAAGCAGAAGAAAAAGAAACGUUUGAAGAAGAAAUGAAAAAAGUGAAGGAAAUGUUUAUGAAAGAGCUUAAAGAACUGACUGAUAAGAACUCCUCUUUGGAUAAUGAGCUGACUGAAAUGAAGAGACAGAGCCACCAAAGGAUGUCUGGAUUAGGUACUCUGGAGGAAGCCUUUCAAAAUGACCAAGGUCAAGGAAAGUCAAAAUAUCACCGUGACACUGAAAAUUAUAUGGAACGCCUAAAAAAGCAGGAAGAAAAGUGGAGAAAUCACAACCAGGAACUUAAGAAAGAAUAUGAGCGGGAUAAGAAUCAGGCCAUUCAGCUACUUCGGCAGGAACAUGAUCUGGAAAAGAACAGAGUUAUACAGUUGCUUCAGCAAGACUUUGAUCGGGAAAAGAACCAGAUUGUACAUCAGCUUCAAAAUGAGCGCGACAGGGAAAAGAAUGAGAAGAACCAGAUCAAAGAAAUAUUGACCAAACCACCCCCGGCUGUUAAAAAAAAUCCUGAGCCAACAACCGUGCAAUCAUUACACAGCGUUGAAGGAAAACAUUCUGCAACUGCCUUUUCCACUAAAGACUGGGGAAAUGAAGAACAAGGCACCAUCAAGUAUCAUGUGAGGCAUGAGGUGAAGAAUGACCAAUCGUUAAAGAAGACAAUCAGGAAUGUCAUUGAACAAGACCUAGAAGAGAGGUUGGAAGUCCUAGGAUUUAAAGCGGGUUUGCGUGGGAUCCCCAGUGACAAGUUCCAAAAAUUAAUGGAUGCAAGGCAAAAUAACCGACACAUGAGGGAGAAAACUUUUCCAGGGAUCCAGAAAAUGUAUGAAAAGCUUGCAAAGCACGUAACUCAAAAAGCAGAGGAGCAAUUAUCAACAUCUUUUAAAUGUGUUUCAACAAGUCAACAUUUUACAGAUGCAGCUAAAUCUUUAACUUGGGGAAGCACAUCAUCUUUUUCACCACCAAGACAAAGGAAACCAAAAACAUCAGUAGUAAAAUCUUCUCAAGAAGAAUUAAAAGCUGAACCAAGAUAUCCGGUGCCUAAAACUAGUUCUACCCCAAAGUUUAAGUUGGUAUCCUCAAAAGACAUUUCUGUUACCAAAUCAUCAAGCAUUACAACAUCUCCAUUCAGUUCCAACGAUGAGUCUGAAUCUAACGACAUACCUUUGUCAUCUUACAAAAAUCCUGACUCUUUGAGAACUAAUAGUAAAAACAAUAUUGGGUUUGUGGCCAAUGAAAGUGAAUCAGAUGGGAGUUUGUUGGAAGAAGUUAAGCCUCAGCCAGCCUGUAGAAGCAAUGGCCUAUUCCAAGCUCCACCCAAACCAGUUAGAGCAACACAAGUAAAAGAACUAGGCCUGCAUUCAACAGGUUCUGCUGAUCUUAAACCACGUGGUGAUGUACCCCAAGCAUUUGUGAAAAAAGACCCAGUUAUGGAUCUAAAGCUUACUGACCUUGAUGACACUGAAUUUGACAGUUCGUCUUUGGAGGAGGAACCUUAUGAAGUGCCACGUUCUGUACAAAAACGUCAGGAGGCCACAGUUCACAGAAAAGAGGUUCCAACAGCUUCUGCUAAAAAUGCUGCUGGUGUUACAAAACUUUACAAAGCAGAUGCCCGUGAAGCCGAUACAUCCAGCACUGCUAUCAGUUUAGUGACAGUGAGCGACAUCAGUGACACCUCUGAUAUCUAGUAAUGUCUUACUUGUCAGUAUGUUAUAAUAAUUCUCAAGUGCCUUGAGAGUUUGCACUGCCUCAAAAAUCUUCCAGGUUUACAUUUGUAUUAUUUCUAUGUUUGUAUGUUAUUUUAUACAUCAAAGAUUCUGAGUACCAUUGGCCUAAACAGUGGGAGCAGAUGGAGUGUUACGCAAUGUCUUAUGUAUUUUCUAUGAAUUUUUCUAUGAUGUUUAAAAUUAUUUUUUUCUACGGUACAAUGUUUUCCUACAAGCACUUAAUCUCUUAUUAUCAGCUGCAAUUACUUUAAUAUGUACUUCAGAGAAAGUUAUUUAAAUUAAACCUGUCACUGGAAUACCACAACAUGAGCCAGCGCAGAGCAGAUAUUCUAAAAUAGAUUCUAUUCUGAAAUUAGUGUACCUUUACACUGUUGUAUAGUUUUUAUAAUAACUGCAGUUUUCAGGCCUUCAAAGUUAAAAACCACCUAGUAUUUUAAUUCUACUGUUUAUGAUUAUUGUAGCAAACCUUAACUGCAGUCUCCACCACCGGGUCCACCAUGAUCAUAUUCUUUGCAAUGUGCUGUAUUCAUUUUAAGUCAUGUCGGUAUAUUUGUUUUUCGUGUUUUCUUAACGUUGAAAAAUUGUC